CUGCCUUUAAAAAAGUCUGUCAGCGCCGAAAUGUGUCUUUUAUAAAGUAUUCUGGCGGACCCACCGAACCAUAGGAACCUGACCGAGUAUAGCCUAGGCUACGAGGCUUGGUGGUUUACCAGAAGCGUGCGUAAAUUAUCGCUUGUUUAUCGCUUGCUAUUUAAUUACUUUCCGAGACAUAGUCGGUGGUUAAAAUAACAUGGGUCUGUCUAUCCUUGCGGCGACUGUGCUUUUUCUUCUUAAUUCCUCCUUGUGUGAAGCGGGGAUCGUUAAACGACAUGCCAUCGGUUGUCCCGAAAAAUGUGACAAGUCACUGUGCGCGCCCAUACCGGCUGAUUGCCUCGCGGGAGACACCCUUGACCAGUGUGACUGUUGCCCGGUAUGCGCCUCCGGAGAGGGCGAGCCGUGCGGUGGCGGCGGCGGCCAGGGAGAGCCCGAGUGCGCGGAAGGCAUGGAGUGCCAGGUGGCGGAUGGAGUCGGUUACACGUCCACGGUCCGCAGACGGGGUAAGGCCGGCGUGUGCGUGUGCAAGAGUUCGGACGCCGUGUGUGGAAGCGACGGCGUGUCUUACCGCAACAUCUGCGACCUGAAGAGAGUCAGCAACCGCGCGCAGAAACUCCAGCAGCCUCCCGUGAUUUUUAUUCAAAGAGGAGCGUGUGGGAAAAGUCAUGAGGAGAGUCCUAACAGCCUGAGACACCGGUACAACUUCAUCGCAGAUGUGGUAGAGAAGAUUGCUCCAGCCGUCGUUCAUAUUGAACUCUACCGCAAAAUGGCCUUCACUAAGAGGGAGGUGGCAGUGGCCAGUGGAUCUGGUUUCAUGGUGUCUGAAGAUGGCCUCAUUGUAACCAACGCACAUGUCGUUGCCAACAAGCACCGUGUGAAGGUAGAGCUGAAGAGUGGUGCCACGUUUGAUGCCAAGAUCAAAGAUGUGGACGAGAAGGCUGAUAUUGCCCUCAUCAAGAUCGACACGCCGACGAAACUGCCGGUCCUUCUGCUGGGCCGCUCGGCCGACUUGAGGCCUGGAGAGUUUGUGGUUGCCAUCGGCAGUCCGUUCUCUCUUCAGAACACGGUCACCACGGGGAUCGUCAGCACCACACAGCGCGGGGGAAAAGAGCUGGGCUUAAAGAACUCAGACAUGGACUACAUACAGACAGAUGCCAUCAUCAAUUAUGGGAACUCUGGAGGGCCCCUGGUUAACCUGGACGGUGAGGUGAUUGGCAUUAACACUCUCAAGGUGACGGCUGGCAUCUCCUUUGCCAUCCCCUCUGACAAAAUCCGCCAGUUCCUUGCUGAGUCUCAUGACCGUCAGGCUAAAGGAAGAACAGCAAAUAAGAAGAGAUACAUUGGAGUGAGAAUGAUGAGCCUCACCCCAGCGCAGGCCAAGGAGCUGAAGGAGAGGCACGCUGACUUCCCAGAUGUCACAUCAGGGGCCUAUGUCAUCGAAGUCAUUCCAGGGACACCAGCUGAAGUGAGCGGCCUGAAGGAGGGAGAUGUCAUCAUCUUCAUCAACAGCCAGCGCGUGUCCUCCGCCAACGACGUCAGCGCAGCCAUCAGGCGGGACGACUCCCUAAAGAUGGUGGUACGCCGUGGCAACGAGGACGUUAUGCUUACCGUCACCCCAGAGGAGGUCGAACCUUGACCCAAUCCAUCAUGGCCUCCAAACCAAAGAGCGCUUUGGUAAUGUCAUGAAUAUGUAGCAUGGCACCACGUUGAUUCUGCUGCCAUUUUUAGUGGGAACAGAGGUCACGUCUUCAACUUUUACCAUGCGUUGUUUAAGUCUGCGCAUGUGAAACUCAUCCUUAUGGUGGGCAAUGUUAUGCAAUAUGUUUGUAAGGCACAUGUGUGAUUCACAUAUACAUGUCCCUCUAAAAUGGGGCUGGCCAUGCCCAUCUAAAAGUUCUUAAUCAUUACCAAAACCCUCUUAGGGCCCUUACAUAGUCGACGCGAGAAACACAUGGUUUACGCAGAUUACCACGUUCUACACAGCGACACAAUAAUCAGCAAUGGCAAUGCAUGUAACGUGCGUCAAGUACCAAAGGACAUGUUUUGCAUAAAUGCAUAAUGGCACUGAAGUGAUCCAUAGCCUUGUGUAUGUGCUGGAAUGCAUUGACUAUGUACAGUAAGCACUCUUUAGUGUCUAAACUCUUUGCUCCAAACACACCAACCAAUGAGCUGGUUCUCAGUGCUUUGCUCAGUUCCACCCCAUGACCAUUUCUGGAAGGUUUGGCACCAUCCCUCCUUCGCCAUGUGUAACAUUUGUAGAGUUUCUUUGCAAAAUAACGCAAGCCCCUUUUUUAACUUUUGCAUUUUAUUAUUGGAAAUGACUGUUCUGAUGUCCUAUCACCUAGGCUACUGUAUGUGUGAAUUCAUGGCAUUCAAAUGUUUUGAGAAGAUACUCUUUAAACCUAUAUAUGCAAUGCAAUGCAAUACAACAAUGUUAAUUUUCUCAAAAUGUUCCAAAAUGAAUAUAAUACGUCAUUUUGCAGCAAAGCUCUUCUUUUUAAAAACUUGCAUUCCACCCCACAUUAUUCCUGCCAUGUUCUAGUUUAGGCUAUCACAUGUUUUUUGCAUUGCUUCACUGUGUUAUCUGUUGUCAAAUAUCUCCAUAUAGAUAUUAUGUGAAAUCAUCAGCCAUUCCACACUGCACUUCCUGACAUCUACAUAAUGUUCGUUAUUUUCUCUUACUAUCAGAUAUGAAUGACCAGUGCAGUCUGUAAAAGACACUGCGCUUUAGUGUGUGUGUAUGUGCGGGCGUGUGUGUGUGUGCAGUGUGAGAGAGAGAGCCCUUGCCUACUUACCAUUGUGAGGUCCAGAUGGCUCCGCUAAUAUAGGAAUAUACCUUAAGGGGUACCUUGUGGGGCUCAAAUUGCGGGACCCUGUACAUACCUUGAAGUGUUUUUCUUGGAAAUUUUGUCGUUACUGAUAAAACUACCUAAAAGCGCACAAAUGUCUUUACUGACAGGUUAGGGUUAUGGAUUGCUGUUGUCUGGGCGUAGUUUAGCAUUCUUCAGUUACAGUUGAUGUCUUAUCAUUUGGCCUACGUAGCCUAUAGCCAAUCGUGUCAGUUGUAUGUAUUCAAACAAACUGCAGUCGCCUUUCCAUGCCUCCUUGCUCUUUGAUUGGAGCACAUGAUCGGGAACGGAAUGGAAGUGAAUUGGAGGGCCCCACAAGGAUAUAUAGUGGAAGGCAAAAGUUAGCACACCCUUUGAAAUUUCUUACAUUUCUGCUGUCUGAUCUUCACAAAAAUCAAAAGAACAAGGAACAAUGGUGUCUGCCAUUACUAAUGCCACCCAAGCAAUUAAGUUAUCAUAUUUGUAUUGUGGAGGAGGAGGAGUGGAGGUGCAAAACGCACACCAGAAACA